AUGCCAGUAACAAAAAAGAAAGGAACACUGUUCGCCAUAUACGCAGAUUCGCCUGAUCGAUCCCAAUCCCAACCACAAUCACAAUCAUCCUCCUCUUCUACACACUCCAAACAAGUCGGCAACAUCCCUAAAUCACCAACCCAACGAUCAUCUACAGGUACAAACUCACGAAAAGCAUUAUCGUUACUACAGCCCAAAGCUGUAUCCUCCGUAUCAUCCGAUAGGUCGUCUGAUUUCAAAUCGAAGAAAUUCGAUUUGUAUGAUGAUCAAAGUGAAGAUGUUCCCUUGAAAACCAAGUCAGUAACCUCUGAGGAAAAUUCUUCAGCUUUGAAAACCAAGUCCAGAUUGAUUACCACCACAAUUGCAAAUUCAACGAAAUCACAAACAACGACACUCAAUCAACCUAUCAACCCCAAGUUCAAGUCCAAAUCUUCCAUCACAGUUUUCUCUGACGAGAAUAGUCGUUCUUCUUCCACUUUAAUCCCAACUAGGAGAACUGCUUCUGCACCUCUUGCGGUCCAACCUCGAUUACAACCACAACUACAACCACAACCACAAUCCCAAUCGCAAUCGCAAUCAAUCAAAAGAUCUCGUGAUUUACUUUCACCCUUACCCAUAUUAUCUGCACCGGCUACCAAAGCCACUGCGACAACAAGCAAAGUGAGAUCCCAGGUUCAAGCGGAAGUAAGAGAAGAUCCAAGUGAAUCGCCAGCUAAGCGUACUCGCGCAGCUUUGUCUACUCCUUCAAGAGCAAAGACGGGAUCUUCAAGGACUGAACCCGAAGUCAGAAUAUCAGACAAAGAAAAUAUUCCAGUACCAUAUUCGCCUGGGGGUGAAAUAGAUUCAAUAAACGAUUCUCCAGCGACAAGGACAAGAUCAAAACUUCGUGCUUUAAAUCUUUCAACUCAAACCUCUAGUCCUCUUCGAUCCAAUAUGAGAAGUGAAGCUGUGUCAAGAGUAGAGAGAUUAGUAGGUGAUGGACGAGGUACAUUAACCCUGAAAAAGGGUAGGGAGUUAGCAAUGUUAUUGGGUGAUGAAGAUACAGAAAGGGAAAUCAAAGCUUUGAAAGGUUCUCCCGAAUCAAAGAAAACAAGAGGGAAGGGAAUAACAGUAGAAGUACCAAUGUUGAGUGAUGUAAGUGAAGCUUACGGCGCAGAAGGUUAUGAGCCCGAAGGAUUCAAAACACAAAGGCACAGUAUACGAAAAAGUCCUGAACACUAUCCUGAAACAGAAAUAACGAAAAUCUUUAAUGAUAUAAUCCCACUCUCCAACGCCCAAAGUCGAACGGAUAUAAAACCAUUACAAAACUCCUAG